AUGAGCGUCGACCCUGUCAGCGUCCUGUCCGACCCGUCGCUCCUGGCGGGCCUCGCAAAGGAGUACGCCAGCCUCAAGGCAUCCAAAGCAUCCGUAGACUACGUCCAGUGGGUCAGGGGGAAGCUCGUGGAGGCCACAGGACAAGCGCAAGGGAGCCACAGUGGAGAAGACCAUCCCGUGGAGACAAGAGAUUGUGGACAGCAGGUGGAGCUGGAGAUGGAGUCACACAACACUCCAGUAUACAGGCCGUCAGACUACUGUGGCGAUCUUCUGGGUGACAGAUGGCAGUGCCCAGUAGGAGAGGAGGCAUUACAGACCAGCGGGCAAGAAGCAAACAUUGGCGAGGAGCUGACUGGCUUCACACCAGUGUUCUUCACCCAUCCUGUUGAGGAGCAGAUCCCUGUGUCAGGCAGUACAACAACCUUGGCAACUCAACGAGGGAGUAGUGGUGGGUUUUCAAGCAAACUGCUGGCACCAAAGUUGGGGCAGAGCAAGGGAGCAGAAGAUGAUGGCCUGUUUGCAAGGGCAUUGCCGCAAGCCAACACAAGCUUUGCAAGGCAGCCAGAGGCAUACGUUGAUUGCAGCAGAGGGGUUGAUUUGCCAAGGGAUGGCUGGGGACGCCCCCUCUCACUCCAGGAACGCCCUGAAUGGGUCAGCCCAGCCAGCCCACGAGUGAAAUCCCACUCUGCCAAUGGCGCGCCUAUGAACAUCACUGAUACCGACACCGCCCAGAGGCUGGCAGCAGCCAAGGCACUCGCAAGACUGAGAAUGGAGACGGCAUUGCCAGACGCCCUGUAUGAGGGCGAUCACAGUGCGGAUGGAUCAGGGGGGCCAAAGUGCCGCCAUCCCCCUGAGAUGGCUGCGGCUAUGAGGGGCUGUGAUAUUUGCAGUGCCUACAGUGGGGGAGGCAUGGUCAGGGACCUGGCCGCAAAGACAUUGAGCUUGGAGGAAGUUGUGCAAUGGCAGUCGCAGCAGAUCAGUGACCAGGCACGAGCCUUGAGUCGGUUGGCGUCAAAGCUUGGCUCACAGGGGGAGGAGGUGCCCGCGGUUGGUUGUGGAGAGGUUCGUUUAUGCCUGAAUGCGCAGAACGUCGGCGAUGGCAGGGCAGUGGCCGAUACUGCAUCCAAGAGCCAGAGAACAUGCGAAGUGAAAACUGCAGGAGGAAUGUUUGCACCAAGCCUUCAUCCUGGCCACAGACAUGAGGGUGGGGCCUCUUCGCUGGAUGCAGUACCAGUGGAGGCAGUGUCUUUCAGAGAUCAGUGCCCCAUCCCUGAUAAGUCUUGUAACAACCAGAUUUUGGCAGAGGGCGCAGAAGAUGGUGGAUUGACAAGGCAACAAUCUGGCUGCACUAGCGACAGUUUCAGGAAACCUGCUGAGCCAAAGAAUGCACAAGAAGAGGGGACAGAUAUCCAGCUUCAGGAUACACAUGUCCAGUUGAAGACACGCGAUGUCGAUCGACACACUUCUGAACCCACUGCUGGGCAACAAGAUGGAGCAGCCACCCUGACUGCUGAUUCUUUAAGGUCUUUGCAAGAAAAUAGGGCAGUGGAGUUGGGCACUGGCCUGCUGUCAGCAAGGACAGGCAUCAUCCCAUUGAAAUACGGGCCUGGCCCUUCUUCUGAACUCUGGCAUCUGUUGAAGAUGGCAAGCAGUGGUGGCGUGCUUGGCCAGACGGUUGUGAAAGAUGCCCUCAGGGCCGCAUUGAAGAAUUGGGUCAGGGGAUGCAGAAAGGCAGGGGGACUGGAUGGAGAGGCGAUUGUGAGGCUGGGCGAGGUGUUUGCCGUGCUUGGGGGCCAUCUAGCACAUACCCAGCUGUCCUGCAGCCCAAACGACAGUGGAGCACUUCCCCAACAAUCAGGAAAUUGUGUGGGCAAGCCCAGUGACCAUUCGAUCCACAGGCAGCCGCAAGGGCUAAAGAGCACAACGCCACUUGUGGUGGCCCGGGGACAGCAAACAGUAUUUGAGUGGGAUAUGCACGAGCACCAGCCAAGUGGCACUGCUUCACCAAAAAAAAGGCAGCGUCGUCAGCGUGGGCUUCCGCCGUGGGAUGACAGCACCAUUAUUGACAAUCGCAUUACACAGAGUAGAAAUGCUCCCCGUGGAGCAACAUGGCGAGGCAAAGUGCCUGGACAUCUGGACAAGGGCCGCCGAACAAUUGGGAGUAGCACAAACCACAAGAAUUCAACCCGGCUUGCAAGUAUCCCAUUUUCCAGGCGAUCUCUGAACCGCCGGGGCAGAUUGGAAGGCACUGGAAACCAGGGGCGUCAGCAGCCCAUAGCAGACCCGCGAGCUCGGGGCGAUGGGGAAGCUCCCUUCGAUUUCCUUGGCAGAUGGCUGGUAGGCAUGGAAAAGCAAAUGGGGGAUUGGAUGAAGAUGAUGGAAGCCAAGAUGCAGCUGGGUGGUGGUGGGAUGUUCUCCCGAUCCUGGGGAGGGAUGAGCGGCGGUGGUGGCGGUGUUGUGGAAAGUGAUGGCGUCUUGGGCAUUGGGAGUUCAGAUUGUGGCAAUGGGGAGGAGACAAGGCCGCACAGCAUUCGUGAUGGGAGUCGGGUGGAUGACAUGUCGAUGCUUGACAGUGCAGAUGGCCAAGACACUGCUGAAAUGCAGGUGUAUCCAAGUCGUCUCAGGGAUGCCAGGCGCAAUCGGAUGUCUCACGAUAGGCCACAAGGCAAACCUGGAUCCGGCAAGGACUCUUGCAGAGGCACCAGUGGUUUGGAAAGGCAGAAGUAUGUCGCUAGCUCUCCAUUACGCCACGAUGCCCGUGGCACAACGCUCAAGACGCAUAGCGCCGUUGGCCCCAGCAUGGGUCCCAGCAGCCAGCACUUUCAAUCAGGUGAUCGGUUACCUUCAACAGGAGGCGUUGGUCAGAUGGGGGAUGGUGAUGGAGCCCUUCAGCACAGCCCAAAAGAAGGGUCAGUGAUGCACGUCUUGCAUAAUCGCGCUGGUGGUUGGACCAGACAUAGCGACGGGAGCCCGUUGGAGGCAGUGGCAGCUUACGAAGACCUGGUGGAGAGGGUGGUGCGCGGGCGUGAUGAGUAUGUUUCAAUGCAGCAGGAGGCUGAUCGACUGCACGGUGGAAUUAAACUGUCCAAGGUGCAGGUCGCGGAAACGGUUGCGGAUCUCAUAUUGGAUGAUCUCUUGGACGGCCACGCGCAUGAGCUGCACGAGCUGUGUGGCAAUGUCUGCGAGGGUCUGUUUGAUGGAGAAUUCCGCGCGCCCAAAUGA